CUGUGCCUUGUCCGCAGUCUCUGGUCAUCUCCUGUAAUGUGUCCGCAGUCUCUGGUCAUCUCCUGUACUAUGUCCGCAGUCUCUGGUCAUCUCCUGUACUGUGUCUGCAUUCUCUGGUCAUCUCCUGUACUGUGUCCGCAGUCUCUGGUCAUCUCCUGUACUGUGUCCGCAGUCUCUGGUCAUCUCCUGUACUAUGUCCGCAGUCUCUGGUCAUCUCCUGUACUAUGUCCACAGUCUCUGGUCAUGUCCUGUACUAUG